UCAGGAGGAGGCAGGAAGUCAGGGUGGGACGUGGGUGCGAGGAGACAGGCGGUGGCUACGACGCUGAGGGGAGCUGAAACUGUGUCUGGGCAGCCAGGCUAGGCCAGGAAGACCAUGUGAAUGGGGCCAGAGGGCUCCUGUGCUGGGCAGGGACCAUGGGCUGUAGCUGCAGCUCAAACCUUGAAGAUGAUUGGAUGGAAAACAUUGAUGUAUGUGAGAACUGCCAUUACCCAAUAGUCCCACUGGAUGUCAAGGCCACGCUGCCCAUCCGGAAUGGCUCUGAAGUGCGGGAUCCACUGGUCACUUAUGAAGGCUCCAACCCUCCAGCCUCUCCACUGCAAGACAACCUGGUUAUCGCCCUGCACAGCUAUGAGCCCUCUCACGAUGGAGACCUGGGCUUCGAGAAGGGUGAACAGCUACGCAUCCUGGAGCAGAACGGCGAGUGGUGGAAGGCGCAGUCCCUGACCACAGGCCAGGAAGGUUUCAUCCCCUUCAACUUCGUGGCCAAAGCAAACAGCCUGGAGCCCGAACCAUGGUUCUUCAAAAACCUGAGCCGCAAGGACGCGGAGAGACAGCUCCUGGCGCCCGGGAACACGCACGGUUCCUUCCUGAUCCGGGAGAGCGAGAGCACCGCGGGGUCGUUUUCACUGUCUGUCCGGGACUUCGACCAGAACCAGGGAGAAGUGGUGAAACAUUACAAGAUCCGUAACCUGGACAAAGGCGGCUUCUACAUCUCCCCUCGCAUCACUUUUCCUGGCUUGCAUGAACUGGUCCGCCAUUACACAAAUUCUUCGGACGGGUUGUGCACGCGGUUGAGCCGCCCCUGCCAGACCCAGAAGCCCCAGAAGCCCUGGUGGGAGGACGAGUGGGAGGUUCCCAGGGAGACGCUGAAGCUGGUGGAGCGGCUGGGGGCUGGCCAGUUCGGGGAGGUGUGGAUGGGGUACUACAACGGGCACACGAAGGUGGCAGUGAAGAGCCUGAAGCAGGGCAGCAUGUCCCCCGAUGCCUUCCUGGCCGAGGCCAAUCUCAUGAAGCAGCUGCAGCACCAGCGGCUGGUUCGGCUCUACGCUGUGGUCACCCAGGAGCCCAUCUACAUCAUCACGGAAUACAUGGAGAACGGAAGCCUGGUGGAUUUUCUCAAGACCCCCACAGGCAUCAAGCUGACCAUCAACAAACUCUUGGACAUGGCAGCCCAAAUUGCAGAGGGCAUGGCAUUCAUUGAAGAGCGAAAUUACAUCCACCGUGACUUGAGGGCAGCCAACAUCCUGGUGUCAGAUACCCUGAGCUGCAAGAUCGCAGAUUUUGGCCUAGCACGUCUGAUUGAGGACAAUGAGUACACAGCCAGAGAGGGGGCCAAGUUUCCCAUUAAGUGGACAGCACCAGAGGCCAUUAACUACGGGACAUUCACCAUCAAGUCGGACGUGUGGUCUUUCGGGAUCCUGCUGACAGAGAUUGUCACUCAUGGCCGCAUCCCUUACCCAGGGAUGACCAAUCCUGAGGUGAUUCAGAACCUGGAGCGAGGCUACCGCAUGGUACAACCUGACAACUGUCCAGAGGAGUUGUACCACCUCAUGAUGCUGUGCUGGAAGGAGCGCCCGGAGGAUCGGCCCACCUUUGACUACCUGCGCAGCGUGCUGGAGGACUUCUUCACGGCCACAGAGGGCCAGUACCAGCCCCAGCCCUGAGAGGCCUGGCUGGCUGGGGCUUGGAGCCCUCCCCCCAUCUUGCCAACCGGGCUGGGAGAAAUGCAGUUUUUGUGUCACACCCAUGUGCCCUAUGCACAUAUGGACUCUGUGUGUGAAUGCCACCUAUGUGCAACACAUACACUUCUUGUGCCCUAUUCAUGGGUUCUGUUUGGGCUCUGCACAUGUGCUUGUACCUGUGUGGCCUGUGCAUGUAUGUCUUGGACAUUUGUUCAAACUGUCCCUUUCUGGGUCCCCCUAUUUGCAAGACCACCAAAGAGAGGAGAGAGGCCCGUGAUUGACACCAGCUUCUCCUGCCCCCUUUUCCUUUCUCCUGAUCCUCAAGGAGCUCCUUGAGGGCUGGGACCUUGUCUAAUACCUCUGUGUGCUCCUCUUUGGUGCCUGGCCCACAUCAGGAGCUCAAUAAAUGUCUGUGUUGGUGAAGAUUGUA